AUGGAGUCUGCGGACCCCGAUGUUCCCGCGCUUCAGGCCCGUGACACAAAGCCGUUUGCGCUGCGAAUCCUGCCGCUCGGUGCGUCUAUCACCAGGGGAUACAAAUCGAAAGAUGGAAAUGGGUAUCGGAAAUGGCUUCGACAGCAAUUGCGCUAUGCUGGGUGGGAUGUUGACAUGGUUGGCACUAUGAAGAGUGGCACCAUGCAUGAUAAUGACCACGAUGGACACAUUGGCUGGAGAAUUGACCAAAUAGCGUCUCAUGCCAAACUAAUCAUCCCACAGCAACCUAACCUAAUUCUCAUCAACGCUGGCACAAAUGAUGCUCUACAAAAUUACCAAGUAAAAACCGCUGGCAAGCGGAUGGACUCUCUCCUAACAUACCUCUUCGACAACAUCCCCGACACAACCAUCAUCCUAUCAACCCUCACAUUCAAUGGAAAGAAGCCCCAAUUAGGCACAGAUAUCAGCACGCAAUACCUCAAACUUGCAGCGGAACGCCGAGCGCGAAAUGAAAGCCUCGUCAUAGCUGAUAUGAGCACCUUCAUUCAGUGGAACCAACUUGUCGAUAACAUUCAUCCAACAGCCGCUGGCUACGAGGAAAUGGCAUCGGUGUGGUGGGCGGCCAUUCAAGAAGCUGAGAAGGAAGGCCUCCUCAAGGCGCCAAAUCCGACCUCGACGGGCACUGCUGCUAUCAGCAAAGCCCGUGAAAAGCUACUCGAUGAUAGCACCGCUGAUCCGAGUCUGCCUGCAUACACGGCCCCGCCUCAGCCUACGAUAAAGAAAGUUAAAAACAGCUCGUCUCGAUCAUACGAGUGGCAUAUCUGGGCUGUUGCAUUCCAGAUGAUCAUAAUUUGCAUCGGUUUCUGUUAUGUAUGA